AUGGCGUCGGGCCCGUCCCGGGUUCCGGCGGGCUCCGAGGCGCGCCUGAGCCUGGCGGCCUUCCUGCUGGGCGGCUCGGUCACCGGGCUGCCCCUGCUGACGAGCGCCGGCCUGCAGGGCCGCACCGGGCUGGCCCUCUACGUGGCCGGACUCAACGCGCUGCUGCUGCUGCUCUACCGCCCGCCGCGCUACCAGAUAGCCAUUCGAGCCUGCUUCCUGGGCUUCGUCUUUGGAUGUGGUUUGCUGCUAAGUUUUAGCCAGACCUCUUGGAAGCAUUUUGGCUGGUAUAUGUGUUCCUUGUCCUUAUUCCAUUAUUCUGAGUAUUUGGUGACAGCAGUCAAUAAUCCUAAAAGUUUGUCCCUGGACUCUUUUCUUCUGAAUCACAGCAUAGAAUAUUCAGUUGCCGCUCUCUCAUCCUGGAUAGAGUUCACAGUUGAAAAUAUCCUUUUUCCAGAAAUAAAGCAGAUUUUCUGGCUCAGUACCAUUGGGUUACUGAUGGUGGUCUUUGGGGAAUGUCUGAGGAAAGUGGCUAUGCUUACUGCUGGUUCAAAUUUCAACCAUGUUGUUCAGAAUGAGAAAUCAGAAACUCAUACUUUAGUGACAAGUGGAGUCUACGCUUGGUUCAGGCACCCCUCUUAUGUUGGCUGGUUCUACUGGAGUAUUGGAACUCAGGUGAUGCUCUGUAACCCCAUCUGCGUGAUGGGCUACACCGUGGUCGUCUGGCGAUUUUUUCGCGAUCGAACAGAAGAGGAGGAAAUCUCAUUAAUUCACUUCUUCGGGGAGGAGUACCUGGAGUAUAAAAAGAAGGUGCCGACCGGCUUGCCUUUUAUAAGUGGCGUCAAAGUGGAGCUGUAAUGGGUGAAAUACAAUCCAGGGGCAUUUCUGGUCAUAAAAGAAACCGAACAAGGUAACCUUGGGUGCUGGGCAGCAAAUAAGAGUGAACGGCACAUUGUACUACACCACAAAGGAUUUUAGUAGCCAUUUUUGAUCCUACCCUCUGAGCACCUCUAAGAGCUAGGUGGUCAGAAGGCCUAAUGAAUGCAUGAGAUCAAAAGGUCCAUCAUUGCCCCUAGCCAAGGUAGAACUUCCUACUAAUAUGAAGCGAGGAGCAAAUCAGUUAUUUACUUAGUGAUCCUUGAAACUUAAUACUGGUAAGAAGAUGAAAAGAAGGCCUUUUCCCAUGAGAGGUACAGUGUUUUACCCUCAUUACCCUGAAGAUUUCCUGGAAACGGAGUCGCUACUUCCCCUUAAUGUGAAUAUCAUAGAAGGGGUAGUGGCAUCUAUAAGUGCUUCUUAUUUUUAGUGCAAACUCAUUUUGAAGCUUUCUCACCUAAAGAGAAAGGCCAGGCAGCAUAACUUUACCCACUUUGUUUCCAUCUUUUAAAUUCAUGAACAUCUAUUUCAUUUUGAAGACAAUGUCUGGUUGUUCACAUUAUUCUUUCUGAUGGCUGGGUUACUGAGUAUCUUUUGGCAUCUGCCUGAAUCAGUUCCACUAAGUGAACAGUCGCCAAGCUUGCAUUUAUCAGUACGUAAGGGUAAAAAUGGACAUUGUUCAAUACCUGGACUGUCUUUAGGGGAGGGACAGUUGAGUGUGGCAUUUUUUCCUGGGCUCACUUUUUUUUCCUCCUUCCCUAGGAUUGUAAAAAAGUAUUAUGAGUGGGAAGGGGGUGCCUGGGUAUUUAGCGUUUCGCCCACUUGAAAAUUAUUCAGCUUUGUGGGAAGGAGAGUCGGGUCUACUGGAAAUGAUCACUGCCCACCACUGAAAUAGAUCACUGGAAAAGUUCGCUCCUCUUUUGCUUUGCCAUUCUGCUCUAGUGCAUUGUUUAUGCUUUAAGUGCUCAUUGUGGGACUGUGCUAAACUGUUUGUCCUCCGUCUUGUCCAUUCCAUUCAGGUGUCCAUAAAUGGCUUUUCAAAUGAUCACUUUGGGGUUGGGCAACAAUUUCAGUUCACUCCCUGGUGAAAGAAACCUUAAUUGUUGAGAGAAAUUCGAGCUGCAGGCCAAAUGUCAAUAACUGCAAGCUUUUCUGAAUCAAAUGUACAAGCUUUGAGAAGUACUUCAUGUUUGGUUCUGGAAUAGGUUUGUAGAUGAGCUUUUAUCUGGGGAAGAAAUCCUCCGAAAAGGGUGGGAAGUGGCACUGGUGAUAUUUGAACGAGGAGGCAGCCUGGUCCAGUGGGGAGAGAGCACUGGCUUGGGUCAGGAAAUUAGGGUUCAAGUCCCAGUCUUACUGCUGACUCACUGUGUGGCCUUGGGUAAGUCACUUAACCCCUCUGUGCCUCAAGUUUCCCCAUCUAAGAAAUGGGGUUAAUAAUACUUGCCACCUACCUCACAGGGGUUUUUGUGAGGACUCAUGAGAUAAAUGUCUGUUAAACACGUUAGAUGAGACGUGUAUAAACACAAGCUAUAUUUAUAUAUGAUGAUUCUGUGGAAAAUAGGGAAACAUUUGGAUGACUGUCUCCAUAUAAAAAUGACACAUUUUGCCAUUUAGAAAUCUUUAAUUCCAGAUUUUGCAAUUUUAUUUUAUUUCCUGUUCCUAUAUACCAAAGAGGUUUGCAGGUACUUUGAUAACUUGGUAGGAGAACUAGAUGGGAAACUGCUAGGCUUGGAAGUAUUUGCCUAUUUACAGAACUCUAAUAGGAUGAAGAAAAAAAAUUGUACUGAAGCAGUCAGUGUUGUCUCUAACAACCACUUAGUCCCUGAGGGAGAGUUUAAAUGCAAAUAUUUUGUAACUUCAUUUGAGGUAAUUCCAAGCUCAUUCCCCCUCCAAGCCAUGAUCCACUGAACAACCUCCUUUCCUAGAGCAGCACAAUAUUGGAAAGAAUCGUAGAACUUUUUAGGCAGUCCUUUCUCCAGGCCAUUGAGUUUUCCUUGCUGAACCUGGCAAGAGGCACAUUCAGGCUUUCAUUCCAUGUGAAGGGCGACUUGUUGUUUGUUUGUUUAGGAGAGAGCUACUGCCGGGGCGUAUAUGUUCUGUAGACUUUACGGGGACAGCAAGGCUGAAGGUGUUGUUAAAGUAUUCCUCCGCCUCCGCCAUCAGUCUCCCAAGUGCGAUACCUUCAUUUGACUGUCCCUGGAGAUAGCCAAGGCUGUUCUAAACCUAGGUCUUAAAUGUUGCACUGUGAUAUGUUGCUGCUGUUAAGCUACCCUAACUGUGCUAUUCGACCCUCUAGUUGGUUUAGGGAGAUGAUGAUGGUGGAAAUUAUCUGGGUGCUGGAGAGAGGUCCUGUUUCCACCUUAAGACGCAAAGCCAGAGUGAAAGUUGCAGAUUACUUUGAGAGAAUGCAAAACAUUUUCAGGACAGUGUUUGAGUCCUCCUUAUCACACCCCGGUUCUGGCCCCAGUGCUCUUUAGUUUCAUUUUAAAUAUAUAAACGUAGCAAUAACAGUAUACAUUGCAGAAAGUUAAGUGCUUCUGUGGCGUUCAGUGCAAAAUCCACAACACUGAUUCCUUCUAGUUAAUAAAUUCUCCAGAGUAUUUUGUUUUCUGUUUUUUCCCCCUUUUGAUGGUUUUUAAACUGACAUUUUUAUUCAGAAAAUAGGUUCUGUGAAACAGAAAGCUUUUUAAAAUACCUGAAAAUGAAUUCUCAUUACCGCGUGAAGAUUUGUAGGCUACUCCAUGUUUGGCUUAUGGGGAAUAAGUUCCACUGUGGGUCAGUUAUGUGUUGCAAGAUCCCUAGGUGAUCCCAGGGAGAGUUGGAAAUCUCACUACACUGGCUUCUAGGCCUUUAGAGAGCCCAUUUGGGAUUGGCCAAUUCUUGCCAUCUGUUCAUGCACAGUUCUCCCCUGUUCUCUUACAUUUCUGGAUGGUCGACCAAAUGGAAAACAAUGAUUCCUAAUUCAAACAGUGGUGAUAACAUACCGACGAGUUCAUCAUCAAUCGUAUUUAUUGAGCGCUUAGUGUGUGCAGAGCACUGUACUAAGCGCUUCGAGUUCUUCUCGAAAGACCCGGGACCAAAAUCAGUCAUUGGUUUGAUCUCCCAGGAAAAGGCACUUAACCACUUGGCCAUCCCUUGCACUUUUUUAUUGCCUGGGGUAGUUUCUAAACUCCCACUGUAUGUUGUUUUUGUAAGAAUUUGGUGGUGAUCACAUAAAGGCCUGAGCAUUUCCAUGGUAGUGGGAGAUCAUAAACUUGUAUGUUGCUCCCCUUCUACAAAGGCUUGUUAACUUGUGAGGGGAUAGGGAAAGUUCUUUCCCAGCUUCCACCUGGAGCAGUCUGGUUUACCUGCUCUUUGGAUAGCCUGCCCCAUACCAAGGGUGUAUUAAACUAAUGGAGUAAUUGUUCUACUCUUCUUUUUACAUGAAAAAAUGUUUACAUGAAAAAAGGUUUAUUUAAGUAUUUGAAAAUGGAUUUUCUUUUCACAGAUGUUGAUUAUGCUUUCCAUUUCUUAAAUAAAACUGAACUUGACUUCAGUAUGAGACGG